CUUAAUUCCUUGAGCUGCAUAGCUGAGUUCGGCAAAAGCCUAAUUGUGCCCUGCUACUCCGGCUUGCAAAUUCCUUGAGGUAAGUUAUCAAGAAUCAAGACUCACCGACGACGAUGGCCUCAAGACCCACUGUUAAUGUUCGCUCUGGCUCUGGCGAGGCUUCCACUUCGCUUCCACUCCCAGCAGUUCUGACUGCUCCGAUCAGGCUUGAUGUCGUUGCUCAAGUCCACAAGAGCAUUGCCAAGAACAAGAGACAGGCCUAUGCCGUCAGCGAGAAGGCUGGCCACCAGACUUCUGCUGAGUCUUGGGGUACCGGUCGUGCCGUCGCUCGUAUCCCUCGUGUAGGAGGUGGAGGAACUCACCGCUCUGGACAGGCUGCUUUUGGUAAUAUGUGUCGUGGUGGACGUAUGUUCGCUCCUACGAAGACCUGGCGCAAAUGGCACGUCAAGGUCAACCAGAACCAGCGCCGAUUUGCCGUUGUCUCUGCUUUGGCAGCAUCCGCUCUCCCUUCCCUUGUCCUUGCUCGUGGACAUCGUAUCGAACACGUUGAAGAGGUUCCUCUCGUUGUCUCCAAUGACUCCGAGUCCUUCAAGAAGACCAAGGAGGCUGUUGCUCUUUUAAAGACUCUCCAUGCCUACGCCGAUGUUGUUAAGGUCUCUAACUCCCGUAAAUUGCGCGCUGGAAAGGGAAAGAUGAGAAACCGCAGGCACCGUCAACGCCGUGGCCCUCUUGUUGUAUAUAACAAGGACAACGGUAUUGUGCGCGCCUUCCGCAACCUUCCUGGCGUUGAAGUUGUCAAUGUCAAGAGACUUAACCUUCUCCAACUCGCACCUGGUGGUCACUUGGGUCGUUUUGUGAUCUGGACAGAGGGUGCAUUCAAGUGCUUGGAUGAGGUCUUUGGUACCUUCGACAAGGCGUCCGUCCAUAAAAAAGACUACUUCCUUCCUACCGCCAAAAUCUCCAACCCCGAUGUUACACGCCUCAUCAAUAGUACUGAAAUCCAGUCUAUCGUCCGCCCUGCUGGUCAGAAAGUUCAGAAGCGUCCCUGGACACAAAAGAAGAACCCUCUGGUCAACAAAGCCGUCCUUUUCCGGCUCAACCCUUACUCCAAGACCAUCCAACGACACGAACUCCUCAAACAGGAGCGUCUCAAAAAGAAGGGCACGAAGAAGGGCAAGCAUGUUUCGUCUGCUGGCGAAGCCUUCUUGUCGACUCUUCAUGCUCCUUGAGUGGUUAUGUAGUGAGGAGAGACUAUGUUCGCAUGACAUCAAUACGUUUCUAUGUUUGUUCCGGUACCCUAUGAAUACAUGUUGCGACUAGGGUAUUCAAUGCCCAGUAACUUGUGGGGGUUUGAUGCAUGUGAAGGAGUGUCCGCGUAUCGUCUCGGAG